GAAAUCUGAGCUAUGCUAACCAUUGCUAACUGGAGAAGUGGUAAAACUCGCUAAGGGACGCUAGUUAGCUUGCAGCAAAACCGUAUGAAUCGCUUAUUUUGGAAACGAUGGACGUUUGCCGUUGCUCCUAUUUAAACGUGUAUCACCCGAAUGUUAUGCAAGGUAACAGAGGACCGCGUCCCGAGCAGCAGAACCAUGGCCCGCCGCGACAGCCCAACCCCCAGGACCAUCAAAAGAAAGCAGCCGAGGGAGAUAGUAAUGGACAACACGCAGACAAUACCGAUCAGUCUAGCCCAAACGCAGGUUUAACCAUAGACCUGCAGAGCUUCAGAAAGCCAGGGGAGAAGACAUACACCCAGCGAAGCCGACUGUUUGUUGGGAACCUUCCCACAGGAGUCUCUGAGGAGGAAGUGGAGAAGCUCUUCUCCAAAUACGGCAAACCCUCCGAGAUCUUCAUCAACAAGGACAGAGGCUUUGGCUUCAUCAGACUGGAAACCAAGACUUUGGCAGACAUUGCCAAAGCAGAACUGGAUGACACUUUGUUUCGAGGGCGUCAGAUCCGUGUCCGGUUUGCGACACAUGGCGCCGCUCUCUCCGUGAAAAACCUGCCACAGUUCGUCUCUAACGAGCUGCUGGAAGAGGCCUUCUCCGUGUUCGGCCCCAUCGAACGCGCCAUCGUCAUCGUGGACGACCGCGGACGGCCGACAGGCAAAGGCAUCGUAGAGUUCGCCAACAAACCGUCGGCUCGCAAGGCUCUGGACCGCUGUGCAGACGGCGCCUUCCUCCUCACCGCGUUUCCCCGUCCGGUAACGGUUGAGCCAAUGGAACAGCUGGAUGAGGACGAGGGACUUCCAGAGAGAUUGAUCAGUAAAAACCCACAGUUCCACAAGGAACGGGAGCAGCCCCCGCGCUUCGCCCAGCCCGGUUCGUUUGAGUACGAGUACGCCAUGCGCUGGAAGGCCCUGAUGGAGAUGGAGAAGCAGCAGUACGAUCAGGUGGAACGCAACAUUAAAGAAGCACAGGAGAAACUGGAGGCCGAGAUGGAGGCCGCACGCCAUGAACACCAGGUCAUGCUAAUGCGACAAGACCUGCUCCGUCGACAGGAGGAGCUACGGCGCAUGGAGGAGCUGCACAGUCAAGAGGUGCAGAAGAGGAAGCAGCUGGAGCUGAGACAGGAGGAGGAGCGUCGGCGCAGAGAAGAGGAGCUGCGCUCUCACAGCGAGGAGAUGAUGAGGAGGCAGCAUGGCCCAGGAGGCAACUUUCCUGAAAAAAGGGAUCCAGAGAUGAGGAUGCAUAUGCCAGGUCCAGGAAUGGGGAUGAGAAACCCAAUGGGAGGAUCUAACAACGUGCCCUCUGGAGCGCCCAACAUGCCAGCCAACGAGGGAGCUGGUAAUAAUGUUGUCCCUGGUAUGGGACAGGGUGGAUUUCUGAGGGCUCCACCGGGACCUCCUGACUUUGAGCCUAACAAACGCCGCAGAUUCUAAAACCAUCAGCCAAACACUUUUUAAAAAACACACAAACACACACUGUACAAUAGUUCAGUUUCACAUUAUGGAUUUAUAAUUCCUUUUACAUACCUCUUAAGUCGAAUGGGAAUGGACUUUUUGUUUUAAGUUGAUUUUGAAGUGUUACUUUUGAGCUGACCCUCAAGAAUUGGCAUCUUGUACCCUAAGGGUGAAAACUUGGUUUUUGUAUAGAUCUCCUGUCUCUCUUAUUUUCUCCCUUGCUCUUUCCUACUCUCUCUCUUUCUCUCUUUUUUUUUUCUUUUUUUUUUUUUCUUUGUAUUUCACCAGAAAAUGUGUACUUUUUAUAGAGUUAGGAAACUCAUUUUGUCAAUUUCACUUUCUCAACUGCCUGCCUUUCUAAACAGCUUUGAAUAAAUUCAUUUGAUUUUACAUUACUGAUGGCCUUUGUUGUUACUCAUUUUUUCUGUAGUAAUACUUCAGAGGUGGUACCUUCUCCAG